AUGAAUAUGAGAUUUGUUGCAACAGCUACUAUAUUAACUUUUAACUUGUUCAGAUCAAUUCAAGCUGGAAUUGUUCCUAUUGAAGAUUGUAACAAAUGUGAAGUUGACACAUUUGAUGGAGAGUUCGUCUUGGCCAUCAAAGAAUUGGGAUUUGAUUAUAAGAAUUGCAAGUUUUUAGACUUGAUUUAUGAAAUUGAUGACGGUCAAUUAGAACAUGGUGGUAGACAAGAUCAACUUUAUCCAAUUUCGUUAUGCAAGUACUGUUCCCUAGUUGAUAACUGUGGUAAAGACUGUGGUGAAGAUGGAGUUGUCAAAUUGAAAGAAACACCAAAGAUUUCUAAACGUGGUGGAGCAACUGUUCCUGAACCAGGAUGUGAUGAACCAUACUGUAAGAUUUGCAAAGAUGAUUGUAUUUGGCUGUUCAGUUUAUGUGAUGGUAUCUUGACUGAUAAAAACUAUGCUACCGGUGAAAUUGUUGCUAACCAUCAAUUACAGUUUGAUAAACUGUCUCAAAUUGAUGCUUUCCAUACAUGUGGAUUUUCUAUCACGUAUCAAUAUGGUAACUAUUUGUUGGCUCUCAAUCACAAGACACUUUUCUGGCAUUGUAAAGUUGACGAUUAUGGUUUGUACAAGAUUUAUGACAAGAAGAUUGGUGCUCAAUGUUCCCCUGUUCAACUUAUUGUAUUACAAGCAAAGCAAUGCAAAAAGAAGUAUGACCAUAAAUCAUUCCCAGCUUCGUCUUCUUAA